AUGCAAUCUGCGUCCGGCAUUUCAAAUGGAAACUCACUUCCAGAAGCGCCACCCGAACCCUCAUGCCAUAGCCCCAUAGUGUCUCAACCUAGCAAGGCACCUCAAGAACUGCCUGAGUCCCCCACACCUUCAGCACCAUGUUCUAGCCACACCUCCCCACUCGAGCGCCGGAUUGCUACGCUUGAGCGAGAGAAAGCGGAUCUCGCCAGACUAGUCACCGAAGCUGAAAACGAGACAGCAGCAGCGAAGCUGCGCGCGCAGGAUCGUUACACGGAGAAAUUACACGCCUAUAACGAGGUCCGACACCUUCAGCAAGAGAUCAAAGACCGGGACUUUCGACGUAAAGAUUACAUGAUCAAGAUUGAGAAGUCCUUCCGUAGUCUCAGGGCUACUAUUGCACAACUUGAAACCGAAAAGUCCAACAGAGAUUUUGGGAGGGAGAGCAAGGGCAAGAUUGAAGAACUCGAAGGGCAACUCAACGAUAUGCAAGCUGGCUUUGUAUCUUCGCAAGAAGAGAAGGCUGCCAUGAAAAUCAAGUUUGAUCAAACCACGGUUGAUCUCAAGAAGCUUGUGCUGAGCCUGAAAUCUUCUCUCACUGCGGAACAAAAAAGGGCCGCAGCCAUGGAGAGCAGACCAACUGCUGAAGAAUUACAAGCGCGAGUAGACGCUGCAAAAGCGGACGUCGUCAAAGAUAUGAAAGCCAAAUGGCAAAGCGAAAUUGAAGAAAACAAGGCCAACUUCAAUCAGCGGGAGAAAGAGCUUGUGCAAAGCCAUAAGACAGAGUUCAAAAACGCCAAAACUCACUGGCAGUCGAGAAUUAAAGCUCUGGAGGCCGAGGUGUGCGCAAGGGACAAGAAAUUGGAAACCGCAAAAAAAGAGUUAGAGCUGCUAAGACAGCAGCUGCAUCGUGCCAUGCACAAUAACAUGCAGACAUCCGAUACGCAACAGCAUCUUCCAAAUGUCUUCCAACAGGCCUCCGACCCGAACAAGAAGAGGAAGCUUGAUGCUAGAGUGUUAAUGUGGGACCACAAGAUUGUCAGCGCGACCGCACGCAGUGCGUCCCCUCUAGUGCCAACCAAAAUCCCCGGGACCCACGCUUUCAUUCGAAUGUUGUCAUGUCAGCGGUCGCACCGCAGAGAAGCUUCCAGCAAUCCAUGGGGGUCACGCUGA